AUGAAAGCAACUGCUUCACAGCAACUUGACCACUAUGACCACACCCACAACCACUACAGCUCCCCCAACUACUACAGUUGCCCCGACCACUACAACUACUACAAUCGCACCCACCACCAGUGCUGCCCCGAUCAUUAUAACCACUUCAGCUGCCCCAAUUUCUACAGCUGUACCGACCACUACAACUACUACAUCCGUACCGACCACUUCAACCACUACAGUUGCCCCAACAACUACAACCACUACGACUGCAACCAUCACCACAACCACUACAGCUGCCCCAACUUCUACAGCCGCACCAACCACUACAACUACUACAUCUGCACCGACCACCACAACAACUGCAGCUUCCCCGACCACCACAACCACUACAGUUGCCCCAACAACUACAAGCACUAUGACCGCAUUGAUCAGUACAACCACUACAACUGCACCCACCACCACAACCACUACAGCUGCCCCAACUUCUACAUCCGCAUCGGCCACUACCACAACCACAGCUGCCCCAACUUCUACAGCCGCACCAACCACUACCACAACUACACCUGCCCCAACUUCUACAGCCGCACCAACCACUACAACUACUACAUCUGCAUCGACCACCACAACCACUGCAGCUUCCCCGACCACCACAACCACUACAGUUGCCCCAACAACUACAAGCACUAUGACCGCAUUGACCAGUACAACCACUACGACCGCACCCACAACCACUACAGCUCCACCAACUACUACAGCUGCCCCGACCACUACAACUACUACAAUCGCACCCACCACCACAGAUGCCCCAACCAUUACAACCACUUCAGCUGCCCCAACUACUACAGCCGCACCAGCCACUACCACAACUACAGCUGCCCCAACUUCUACAGCCGCACCAACCACUACAACUACUACAUCUGCACCGACCACCACAAUAACUGCAGCUUCCCCGACCACCACAACCACUACAGUUGCCCCAACAACUAG